AUGACACUCAUUAGGAUCAUUUAUAAUGGCCAACGACCGCGUACGCGAUGGCGAACGGCACAAAUUACAUUUUACAUAAUGCCAUCCCUACUCGAUGCAUUCGUCCUCGCGGAAAUAUACGUUCGUAUAAAAAGAAAGAGAGAGCCACCGAACGAACGAUUGACAGUUUGUUGUUCAUUGCGAUUUCCGAAGAUGACGAAGUUUGCGAUCGUCGCGAUCGUCCUUUUGGUGAGCGUCGCCUCGCAAUCCCAAAGAAUAAUUAGAGAAACGUCCACGCAAGUCCCAGAUGCAAAUGCUGUGGCUAUCCGGGACAUCCUGCAGAAGAUCUCGAGCGGAGAAUCGAGCGCGAAGUACGACGCAAAGCUCGUCGAGAUCAUUAAGGAGGAGAUCGUGAGAACCGCGGAGGAGAUAAAGACGCCCGCAGGAUCGAUCGAGGCGGCCGCGAAAAAGGCUCAGAUACUGGUAUCUGAAUUGACCUCGGCGUAUACGAGCGCCAUUUAUAAAUCCAAGUCGCUCGUGGAGGGUCGAGAAAAUUUCACGCGCUUUCAAAUCACCGUUCAGGCAAUCGUGGAUUUUAUCAAAAACGGUCAAUUCUUGACAUAGUCAUUAAUAAGCGUUUGAAUUUUCGGCCGAGCUGAAUAUUUCCGUUUUCUUCCACUGUCAAUUGCAAGCUAUUGCCUAUGUAUCGAUAACGUUAGAUGUGCUGUAGAGAAUAGAUAAAUAUAGUUGUGAUUUAAUCAUGUA